AUGUUGGUGGGGGGGUUUAGGGGGGGUAUUAGUUUGGGUGGGGGGGGUUUGUGGAUGUGGUGUGUGUUGGGGUGUGGGGGGGGUAGGGGGGGGUGGGGGUAUUUGUGGUGGGUUGGGGUAUUUGUUGUGGGGGGGGUUGUGGUUGGGGUGAGGGGGGGAUGGUUGGGGUGGUUGGUUGUGGGGAUAAUUGGUUGUGGGGGUUGGGUGGGGGGGUUGGGGGGGUUGGGGGGGGGUAUUGGGGGGUUUUGUGGGGGGGGGGGGGGGGUUGGGUUUGGGGGGUGUGGUGGUUGGUGGGGUUGGGGUGGUGGGGGUUGGUGGUUGUGGUGGGGGGGGGGGUGGGUGGGGGGGGGGGUGGGUGGGGUAUUGGGGGGGGGGUUGUGGGGGGGGGGUUGGGGGUGGUUGGGUUUAGGGUGUGGGUGGGGGGUUGGUGUGGAGGGUGGGGGGUGGGUUGGGGGGGGGUGGGUUUGGGAUGUGGGUGGUGUGGGGGUGGGGGGUGGGGGGGGUGGGGGGGUGGGUGGUUUUGGUGGGGUGUGGGGUGGGGGGUUGGGUGGGUGGGGGGGGGGGGGGGGGUGGGGGGGUGGGGGUAUUGUGGUUUGGUGGGGGGGUGUGGUGUAUGGUUGGGGGGGGGGGGUUGGGGGGUGGUUGUGGUUUUGGGUGGGGGUGGAGGUUGUUGUUUGGGGUUGUUGGGUGUGUUUGGUGGUGGUUGGUAUUGGGAGGGGGAUGGUGAUGGGGUUUUUGGUGGGUGUGGGGUUAGGGGGGGUGGGUGAGUGGGUUGGUGUUGUUGGUGGGGGUGGUUGA